AUUGAAUAUUAUGCUCAUUCAAAAGUAGUAAUUGGUGCUAUGGACAAGGAAUGUCCGCAUUGUCAUGCUCUGAAAUUCAAAAAUGAGCCAGCUGGGAUGUGUUGCGUGUCAGGAAAAGUGCAACUACCUGAAAUUGAAACACCACCUGAACCAUUGAACGGCUUACUUAUCGGCAUGGAUCCAGAUUCUAACGUGUUCCUGAAGUCAAUUCGAAGAUUCAAUUCAUGCUUUCAAAUGACAUCGUUCGGAGCAACAGAAAUAGUUCGAAAUAUAAAUGCAAAUGGUCAACUAUUCAAUUCUACAUUCAAAAUCAGAGGCCAAGUUUAUCAUAAAAUGGGCUCACUGCUGCCAAUGCCAAACGAACCACAUAAAUUCUUACAAAUCUACUUUAUGGGCGGCGAGGAUUCCGGAAGCGCACUUGCCAAUCGCGUGAAUGCACGUUGUGAUUAUAAUAAUCUUGAUUCACUUUAUGCCAGGCGCAUCGUCAGCGAGCUAAAUGCUCUUUUGAACGAGCACAACGAGUUGUUGAAAAUAUUCAAAUCACAUAUGCACCAAUUACAAAGCGAUAAUCACGCUAUCGUCAUUAAUCCUGAUAAAACACCAGCUGGAGAUCAUAUUCGUAGAUUAAAUGCACCCGUUGUUGAUGAUGUUGCUGGAAUCAUGGUUGGCGAUUGUACAGCUGCACGAGAAAUUGUGAUUCGUAGAAGAAAUAAUAAUCUUCAGUUCAUUGCUGACACACAUCGUUCAUAUGACGCUCUCCAAUAUCCGCUAAUAUUCUGGAAGGGACAAGACGGAUAUUGCAUAAACAUAAAACAACGAGAUCCCGUAUCAGGAGCUGAAACAAACAAGAACGUUAGCUCAAAGGAUUAUGAUGCGUACCGAUUAAUGAUUAGACGUGGCCUGGACAACGUCAUUUUACGAUGUCGUGAGCUUUGUCAACAAUUCAUGGUCGACAUGUACGCAAAGAUUGAGAGCGAACGACUUCGAUACUUACGAUAUAAUCAACAAAAGCUGCGCGCGGAAGAGUACAUUUAUUUGCGAGACGCUAUCAACAACAACGCCGACGUCGCCGAAAUUGGUAACCAUGUCAUUUUACCAUCAUCGUACGUAGGCAGUCCACGUCAUAUGCAAGAAUAUAUACAGGAUGCUCUGACUUUCGUGCGCGAAUAUGGACGACCAUGUUUAUUUAUCACGUUCACAUGUAAUCCAAAAUGGCCAGAGAUUACAUCUUUGCUACUGCCUGGCCAAAAUGCAAUACAUCGCCAUGACAUUACAGCACGUGUGUUCAGACAAAAGUUGAAGUCUUUAAUAAGUUUUAUUACUAAAUCACAUGUAUUUGGUCCCACACGUUGCUGGAUGUAUUCGGUUGAGUGGCAAAAGCGAGGAUUACCUCAUGCACACAUUUUGGUUUGGUUCAUCGACAAAAUCCGUCCUGAAGAAAUCGAUAGUAUCAUUUCUGCGGAAAUUCCAGAUCCAUCCACUGACCAACUGCUGUUUGAUAUUGUUACAACAAACAUGAUUCAUGGUCCAUGUGGUACUCUUAAUAGUUCAUCGCCUUGCAUGGCUGAUGGAAAAUGUACUAAAAAUUUCCCUAAAGAUUUUACCAAUGAUACGGUCACAAAUGUCGACGGAUACCCAAUAUAUCGUCGAAGAAAUCAUGAAAAUGGCGGACAAUCAUUUAUUAAAAAUAUCAUCAACACAGACAUUGAUAUUGACAAUCGUUGGGUGGUGCCAUAUUCGCCUCUGCUGAGCAAGACAUAUAAUGCUCAUAUUAAUGUUGAGUUCUGCAGUUCUGUGAAGAGCAUCAAAUACAUUUGCAAGUAUGUCCAUAAAGGCAGUAAUAUGGCGGUGUUUAGAGUAGAAAAUACUAAUGUGAAUGCUCCUCCAGUGAAUAAAAACGAUGAAAUAACGCUCUACCAAAUUGGUCGGUACAUCAGCUCCAAUGAAGCUGCUUGGCGUAUCUUUGGUUUUCCAAUUCAUGAACGGGAUCCAGCAGUCGUUCAGAUAGCCAUCCAUCUUGAAAACGGUCAGCGUGUAUUUUUCACGAACGAGACAGCGAUUGAUCGUGCAAUAAAUCCACCUAAAACUACACUCACUGCAUUUUUUGAAUUGUGUAAUCGUGCGGAUGAUUUUGGUGCCUUUGCACGAACAUUACUCUAUUCACAAGUACCACGCUAUUUCACAUGGACUCAAACAAAAACAUGGAUGCCCCGCAAGCAAGGCUCACCAGUUGCUGCAUGUCUCAAUUUAUUUAAAUCAAACGCCUUGGGGCGAUUAUUUACAGUCAAUCCAAGACACACGGAGUGCUUUUAUCUUCGACUGUUGUUGGUUAAUGUUACUGGCCCAUUAUCAUUUCAAGAUAUACGUAAAGUGAAUGGGCAACAAUGCUGGAAGACGACAACCAGUGGGAAUGCAUGCUUGCUGAAGCUGCAUUGAACUGUACAGCAAUACAAAUUCGUCUACUAUUCGCUAUAGUGUUGACUACAUGUUUCCCAGCCCGAGCACAGAUAUUAUGGGAAAAUCACAAAGAUUCAAUGACUGAUGAUAUAUUGCAUCAACAUCGUAUACGGUGCCACGAUCUAACCAUAAUAUUCAGCGACGAAAUGUACAAUGAAGCAUUGAUUGCUAUUGAGGAUCUUUGCAUUGUCAUUGCCAACUUACCACUUAGUAAUUUCGGUAUGAAUUCGCCAAAUCGAACUGCAUCUGAUUUAAUAAAUACUGAAAUGAAUCGUGAACUGCAGUACAGUACUGUAGAAAUAGCAGCGAUUGUUGCCCGCAAUGUCCCACUAAUGAAUGAGGAACCAUUUAUGAUCGCAUUAUGCUCGCAGUUUCAGCUGGACAAGGUGGGUUCUUCUUUUUGGAUGCACCGGGUGGAACUGGCAAAACAUUCGUUAUUUUGCUAAUUCUUGCUGAAAUACGAUCAAAUAAUGGCAUCGCAUUGGCCGUUGCAUCAUCGAGCAUUGCAGCAACUUUAUUGGAUGGAGGUAGAACAGCUCAUUCAGUAUUUAAGCUGCCACUAAAUAUUCAGAAUAACCCUGACGCAGUAUGCAACAUUAAGAAACAAUCGUCCAUGGCCACUGUGCUGAAACGGUGUAAAAUUAUUAUCUGGGAUGAAUGUACUAUGGCACACAAACAUUCACUUGAGGCGUUGAACAGGACAUUGAAAGAUAUUAAAAACAGUGACAAACUAUUUGGCGGAACUCUGUUGGUCCUUUCAGGUGAUUUUAGACAAACACUUCCCGUCAUUUCACGUUCAACAUACGCUGAUGAAAUCAACGCCUGCUUAAAAUCAUCGACAUUGUGACGUAAUGUUGAAAUAAUACAGCUGAAAGUAAAUAUGCGCGUUCAAAUGCUUUAAGAUCCAUCCGCUGAAACAUUUUCAGAACAACUCUUAGAUAUCGGUGAUGGAAAAGUUGCUAUAGAUGAAACUGGAUACGUAAAAUUACCGACCGAUUUAUGCACAAUCGCUGAUUCGCAAGAUACUCUCAUUGAACAAAUAUUUCCCGAUGUACACACACAGUACAUAAAUCAUGAGUGGCUUGCAGAAAGAGCGAUUUCAGCGGCAAAAAAUGUAGACGUUGACAAUUUAAAUCUGAAGAUACAAAUGUUGUUGCCAGGGAACUUGGUAUCAUAUAAAUCUAUUGAUACAGUUUGCGACGACAGCGAAGCAGUAAACUUUCCCACAGAGUUUUUGAACUCACUGGAUUUGCCAGGCAUGCCAUCGCAUAAUUUACAAUUAAAGGUUAGAUCUCCAAUUAUCUUGCUUCGUAAUUUGAACCCGCCCCGGCUGUGCAACGGUACGCGAUUAGUCAUUCAAAAAUUAAUGAAAAACGUGAUCGAAGCCAGGAUUUUAAAUGGCAAGUUCAGAGGUGAAAAUAUACUCAUACCACGGAUUCCUAUUAUACCUACAGAUGUGCCAAUUCAAUUCAAACGUAUUCAGUUUCCGAUUAGAUUGGCAUUUGCAAUGACUAUCAACAAAUCCCAAGGUCAAACGAUGUCUGUUUGUGGAUUAGAUUUGAUAACACCAUGUUUUUCAGACGGACAAUUAUACAUGGCAUGCUCUCGAGUGGGUAA